UGACGCAUAUAUCUAGACGAGGCAUUCCGUCUACAAAAUGAAGCCGAAGUUGGCAGUUAAUCAGAAUGAAAAAGUUGAUUUGCUUCAUAUUGUACAAGAUAUACCUAGGGUGCAUUCAAGAAGACUAGAGAACAGGGGACCGAACUCCAGUGGUGGGGGUGAGUCAAAAUAUGGUCUCAUUACAUGGGCGCUGUUCGCGGUAUGGUUGCCGGCUAAUUCAUGAACUACGCAUGCUGGACUUCGAAAUUCGGAGGCGGAGCGUCGUCCAAUAUAACCUUAAAGUUCGAAUCUUUACAUUGUUGCGAACCGUUGUUUAAAAAAAAAGUGAAAUCAUGUCUAAAGUGUGUUGCAUUGUGAAUUGUGAGAGUAAAUGUCCCAAUUUGGGUCCGAAUAAAAGGAUGCUAUUCGAAUUUCCGAAGUUUAGUUUUUCUCAGUAUCCUCAUGAAAAUCAAAUCUGGAUUGAUAAGGUUUCUCUGUUUCUGAGUAAGGGAAACGCUACUCGAAAAUAUUUACGUGUUUGCGAUAAACAUUUCAAGGACAGCGAUGUUGAGCGGACUUUCCGAACUGUCUUGAAGGCUGGAAUAAUAAACGAAAUACCACGUGAAAAAUUUAAAUUGAAUCAAGAUAGUAUACCAUGUAUUUUUGAUGUUCGUCAAGAUAAUUUUGGAGGAAAGUUUAUGAGUACAGGAGACAAAAGUUUAUGUGUUUCUACUCCGCUUGAGGGCGCACUACCUACCCAAGAGAACGAAGCAAUAGAAUACACCAUCGAGGCACUGAAAAGAAACUUCGAAGCUCCAGAGCAUUCCAGCGAGACAAUUGAAUAGGGAAUAGGGUUAUUACCUGAUGGCAUAAUUCUUUUUUACUAUGGUGAUUCUGGGAAAUAUACAACGAAAACGGUAAUAGUGAAAAAGGACAUGAGUGUAGAGGUCCGACUUGGGGAUGAAGUUGUCAAGUUAAAUAUAGUGGAUAAAGUUCAUUGUUUUCAAGAUCUUUUGGUUGUCAUGAGAACUCUCAGCAAAAGUUAUAUAUGCAGUGGAUCGAUCAUGACACUCCUUGUAUUUCUGGUUUUGUUAAAUUAACGUCAAACCUGAACAGUUGCGACUCAUGCCGAGUACGACGCAGGCCAAGGUCAUUAAUGUUUUUUUAAAUAGAAACUACGAUUUUUUAUUACAUAUUCUUGUAGCUUAUCUCGAGAGCAUUCCAAACACUCUAACAAAGUUACAUUUCAUCGAGUACUUUCCGAGUUAUGAGGCUUGGAACUU